GCUGCAUUGCUCCGAAUUUCUCGAACUGGAAUAAAAUAUUAAGAUUGGACAUUCGCUUAAAGUCAAAGGUUGUUUAAGCCAUGAGAACUCCUAGAUGGCCUGCGCACACCAUCCCUAAAGAUAGUAAGCUGGUUUCCAGUUCCUGAAUCUCUCGCACGAACACAUACACACUGGUCCGCUCUACGCUCUCCCAAUCGCCACGCAUUGUUGUUGGCGCAGUGCUUGUUUUGCUUAUAUUAGCAUGUGCGGAGUGCAAACCAAGAAUCAUUAGUUGCCGUGGAUUCAACGUGUCAGUGUCAGCUCCAAAUACAAUUUAUUAAUUGCGCCAAAGCGAAGUGAAGUAGCACCUUAAACGCAGAGUAAAAAAAAGAAAAGCAAACACAGCAGAAUGGCGGAAAAAGUAAAUGUGUGCAUUGUGGGCUCCGGCAACUGGGGUUCGGCUAUAGCGAAAAUUGUGGGAGCCAACGCCGCUGCUCUGCCGGAAUUCGAGGAGCGGGUGACCAUGUUCGUCUACGAGGAGCUGAUUGACGGCAAGAAGCUGACCGAGAUCAUCAACGAGACCCACGAAAACGUGAAGUACCUGAAGGGACAUAAGCUGCCCCCGAAUGUGGUCGCCGUGCCCGACCUGGUUGAAGCCGCAAAGAACGCCGACAUCCUGAUCUUCGUGGUUCCUCACCAGUUUAUCCCCAACUUCUGCAAACAGCUCCUGGGCAAGAUUAAACCGAACGCUAUCGCCAUCUCCCUGAUCAAGGGCUUUGACAAGGCUGAGGGCGGUGGCAUUGAUUUGAUUUCCCACAUCAUCACGCGUCACCUGAAGAUCCCAUGCGCCGUGUUGAUGGGCGCCAACUUGGCGAACGAAGUGGCCGAGGGAAACUUCUGCGAAACAACCAUCGGCUGCACGGACAAAAAGUAUGGCAAGGUUCUGAGGGAUCUCUUCCAAGCAAACCACUUCCGUGUGGUGGUUGUGGACGACGCGGACGCCGUUGAGGUCUGCGGCGCCCUUAAGAACAUCGUGGCCUGCGGCGCGGGCUUUGUCGAUGGUCUUAAGCUGGGCGACAACACCAAAGCAGCAGUAAUCCGGCUGGGUCUCAUGGAAAUGAUUCGCUUUGUUGACGUCUUCUACACCGGAAGCAAGCUAUCAACCUUCUUCGAGAGCUGUGGCGUAGCAGAUUUGAUUACGACAUGUUACGGUGGCCGAAAUCGCCGAGUAUCAGAAGCAUUUGUGACGUCCGGUAAAAGUAUUGAGGAACUGGAAAAGGAAAUGCUAAACGGUCAGAAGCUGCAAGGCCCACCUACUGCCGAGGAGGUGAACUACAUGCUUAAGAACAAGGGUUUAGAGGACAAAUUCCCCCUGUUCACCGCUAUCCACAAAAUAUGCACACAACAGCUUAAACCUAAUGAUUUAAUUGAUUGCAUACGCAAUCACCCUGAGCAUAUGCAAAAUUUGUAAAUCUCUAAGGAAGUCGAGAACGUUUUUAACAUUUUUUAUGCACCACAGAAAUUAAAUGUAUUUUUUCAGCACAACAAAUCCAACUCAAUGAAUCUUACCUAACCAGCUGACUACGAGAUUUGUGUACAGGUUGUUGCAAUAGUUAGCUUAUUCUUUUAAAAUCAAAUCCACGCAUAUCCACAAAACCACGGAGAACAACUAACAACCAAAUCAAAGUCUGCUUUAAUUUUAAAGUGUAGUUUUUUUUAACCCUUACUAGCCAAGAAACAAACGCAAGUACCUAACAACUAUAUUGUAAUUUGUGUGGCCACGAGUAUUAGCGGUAUUCGAAGCAGCAAGUGGAGAAAAUUCUAGUCUAAUUUUAAACAUACUGCGUAGAUAAUAAAAUUUAAUAACUACCAAAUGAUUGUUGCAUAAAUAAAAGCUGAGUAGAAGCUUGAAGAACCUUAAAA